AUGGUGCCUAGUGGAGUCGCUGCUCGGUCGCUGGUGCCUCGUGAAGUUGUGCUCAACCGAUGGUGCCUGGUGGUUUGGAUGGUGGAGAAUAAGAGAGAAAAAGGGGGAGGGAACUCACCUCGUCAUUGGACUGGAGGCUGUGCUCAGUGGUUGGAGUUGCUGCACAGACCCUGGUGCCUCGCGGAUCUGUGCUCAGUCGCUGGUGCCUCGCGGAUCUGUGCUCAGUCGAUGGUGCCUAGUGGAGUUGUUGCUCAGUCGCUGGUGCCUCGUGAAAUUGUGCUCAAUCGAUGGUGCCUGGUGGUCUGGAUGGCUCGAUUUAGGGCAAAGAAGUCUGGAACUCUAUCGAUGGUGCCUAGUGGAGUCGCUGCUCGGUCGCUGGUGCCUCGUGAAGUUGUGCUCAACCGAUGGUGCCUGGUGGUCUGGAUGGUGGAGAAUAAGAGAGAAAAAGGGGGAGGGAACUCACCUCGUCAUUGGACUGGAGGCUGUGCUCAGUGGUUGGAGUUGCUGCACAGACCCUGGUGCCUCGCGGAUCUGUGCUCAGUCGCUGGUGCCUCGCGGAUCUGUGCUCAGUCGAUGGUGCCUAGUGGAGUUGUUGCUCAGUCGCUGGUGCCUCGUGAAAUUGUGCUCAAUCGAUGGUGCCUGGUGGUCUGGAUGGCUCGAUUUAGGGCAAAGAAGUCUGGAACUCUAGUCGACUGA